ACGGGAAAUAGGGCGACUGAAAAAGAGAGAUUCUCAGUCCAGAGCGCUUUUGAAGAAGAAGAAAGAAGAAAGAAGGAAGCUUUCUUCUUCUUUUUCUCACUUCUCUGUUUGUAGAGAGACUAGACUGUGUUCUUGAUUCAGUGUUUCUGGUCGGCGGAGCUGGUGAGGUGAAAACCCAGAAAUGGAGAAAGCCCUCACGAAGGUUGCGAGCCUUAAAGUUGGUUCAUUUUGGGUUUCCAAAAAAGCCAAAGAAGAGAUCUCCAACAUUACCCAAGACCUCACUACUUUCUCAAAUGUUGUGGAAGAGAAAGCCAAAUGGGUAUUCAAUAAACUGAAAGGUAAGCCAUCAAAGGCAUUGCCAGACCUCCUUCGAGAAUUCAAUCUUCCAUCAGGCAUCUUUCCGCAGAAUAUAACAUGUUACGAAUUUGACGAUACUAAUAACAAGUUGAUUGUGUACUUGCCUUCUUCCUGUGAGGUGAGCUUCAAGGAUUCUUCUAUUAUAAGGUACGCAACUCGUGUGAAGGCUACAUUGUCGAGGGGAAAGCUAACAGGAAUUGAAGGGAUGAAAACCAAGAUCCUGGUUUGGGUUAAGGUAACAUGUGUGAAUGUUGAAGGAUAUAAAUCCGACAAAGUAUGGUUCACUGCUGGUGUCAAGAAAUCAAGGCCGAAAGAUGCUUACGAUACGCCUCGAGAUUCCAUUAGAGUUGAAGAAUUUUGAUGGGUAUUUUUGUUUAUGCUCUUUUAUUAAUGAAUGAAUGUUCUUGUAAGCAAGGUCUUUAUUGAAUUAUUAUUCCUGUUUCAACUGUUUUGGAGUCUGUCUUAAAAUGAAAAGGGUGUUUAAGUUAAGUAUCUGA